AUGGGUCAUGAUAAAAAUUGCUAUUAAAAAAUAAAUGAAAAAUCUAGAGUUGAACAAUCAGAAUAAGAAACUAAUGAAUUAUUAAAGGAAUUUUAAGAUAACUCUAAAGAUAGUUGA